AUGUCUUCAGAUACAUCUACACCUAUAUCUCCACCAUCAACAUCAUUAUCAUCAUCAUCAACAACAUCACCAAACGAUGACACUUUAAGGAGAGAUAGAUCGAGUACAAUGUACUCGGUUGAACAGAGCCAACAGGCAGUACCAGCAAAUGUGCAAAGAGAGGUUUAUAAGCAAUUUGAGCUACUGUUACUCAAGAAACGAUCACCCAAUGUGGAAAAGGUUACUAUUAGACAGGGACUGCUCGUGUCAAUCCCUCAGGUCGAGCAAGUGUCGUCAAUGAGUGUCGCACAGGUUACUCAUCAAAUCGACGUGCUCUCCAAUGUAUUGGUCAAGAUGGCGUGUGGACCAAACUUGCAUGCAGUCAUAGAGGUGCUGAUCAAGAUGUGUGACUCGUAUCUCGACGAUCCUCACAAUAUGGUUAGUAACGAUAAGAAGGGUCGUCCCGAUCUCCCCUCCUAUUCCAAAGAUGAUAUAGAGUCUGAUGUUGACAUAUCACUACCUUUCACCAGUGGAGACAACCUUUCAGGUAUUGUUUUAAAGGAUGAACAAUUAAGAUUAUUACAACAACAACAACAACAUAGUCAACAACAAUCAUCAUCGACAUUAAAUACUCCAACCUCUUCAUCAUCAUUAUCAUCACCAGCAUUGAAUGCUACAUCUACUCCAAACACUGGUAUGAACUUGUCAACUGGGUCAUUAUCAACACCUCCAUCUUCUAAUAAUUUGAAUGUGUCGGCUGGAAGUGACAGUCUAGGAGGAGUGGCAACACCAACCAUCACAAUGAUCAUACAACAACAAGAGACUGUAUUGCAACCUUUGAAUGCGUAUAAUACCUAUAAAUACGUGUCCGAGGACACACCACUCUACCUCAUUCUCCAUACAAUGCAUAUGAUCCUUUUAUCGCAUAUUGGUGGAGGAAAUAGUACGGCUAAAGUGGCAACAGGACCGGGUGUAGGAGGUGACCGUCACGAUGCAUACCCACAAGACUUGGCACAGGCAGAUGCGGCACGAUCUCAGAUCGCUUCAAUGUCACCCAAAUCAAUUACAUUCUUUUUUAAUCUAUUGCAAUACACGUUUACACCAUCUGUGCGAUGCAAGGCUGCUAGAUGUUUGCAAGCAAUUUCUGUGGUCAGUCUCGAUGUGAUUGCACAGUUGUUUGUGACACGGUUACAGAGUGGCGGUGGAGGAGGUGGUAGCAAGGCAGACGACUUUUACCGCGAGUAUUCGACGAUGCAACGUGCUGCCAAGUACCUCGAGUUUGGCUUUUAUCGCGCCACACAGGCCGAGGGCACGAGCCAAUACUUUGCAAAGCUGCUCCUCGAGAUGGAGAAGGCGUCGCGUACAUGUCCCGUCCCAGACACAUUCCGCAGUGUCAUCACUAAAAUGUACGAUGUGGUACUCAAAUGGCACAAAAAGAAUGCCAAGCUCAAGAACCUGUGCGUUCGUGCACUCGUCGCACUGUGCGGCACCAGCGAAGAGAUGGUGCAGAGCAAGGGUGCCGACGUGCUGACACUGAUCGCCAAGGGCGUGGGCGAGGGUGGCAGCAAGACACGUCGCGCACUUUUAGAAGCAUUGAUUGCCUAUUUCAAGGCACUCAAGGCGUUGUUUGGCGUAGAGGCACGUGCAUCGGCGUUUUACCAGCAACAUGUUGAUAUUGUCGUGCCGACGGUGUUGCCCAAAAAGGGGUCGUCGCCCGUAUCGGACCCUGUACUCGUUCUAGAGGUACUGCUCGCGAUGGGCCGUUUCUCGCCGAGUGUGUGUGUGUCCAAACACGUGCUUGCUGUUCUCGCCAAGGAAGGCAGUAGCAAGUCAUCGUCUGAACACGCGCUCGAGGGUAAAGCAAUCGUACUCAAGUUUUUCGCGACACUCAACGACGAGCUUGGCGAGCAGAUGCGUGUGUACGACCGUACUAUAUGGCAGACUCUCGACCCGCUCUUCCACGCGUACGACGGUGACUCUAGUCCCCUGCGCUACCUCCUCUUGUGUUUCCCGGCACUCUGCUCACUCGAGCACCGCAAGGAUGUUGGCGACCGCAUCACAAGAUGGACGUGGAGUGCCGAUAUGGAGGUGGCGACGCUCGCAACACUCGGCAUCACUAACAUCAACUGGGCUUGGACAAGACUCCGUAAGCGUUGGCACCCAAAGUCACAACCAGGGUUGGCAUGGCGCAACAAUCUCGCGUUCCUCCUCCUCUCACUCCGUCUCAACAAUGACGCACCUGAAAUCACGGCCGUCGAAGACCAAUUGUUGACCGAAGUACUGACCUGCUACUUUCAAGAACGUGAAGGAAAGACAGCCGAGGAAUUGGGCCCCGUCAUUGCAGAGAUAUCCCUCUUUUUACACCGAUCCUGUUACGACACUGUAUUUAGAUUCCUCGAGCAGGAAAGAGGCAGAGAUCUCAAACGUAAAAGAAAAGAGGUGUUUUACACCCAAGAGUAUGUCAUUGUAUAUAUUUCCCAACUGGUGGCUCGUCUCACCGUCAUUGACUAUGACAACAUUCCAUCAGUCCGUACAGCUCUUCGUGAAGUAACCUAUUUCUGGAUCACCAAUCCUCAAAUCUUUCAACCUCUCUCUCCAACUGUUAAAAAUAAUAUUGCUAAAUUAUUUAAACAUUUCUUAUAUCUUGAUAGUAAAAGUUCAAUUCCAAAAGGUGAAAUAUCAUUAAAUAAGGCAUCAUAUUGUAAAUUAUUAUUUGCUUCUUUACAAAAUUUAUCAGAAAAUACAAUUUCAAAUCCAGAAACUAUUGAAGGUGAAUUGGAAUUAAAUCUUCAAAAAUCAUUUAAUAUUGUAGUUUCGGUUGGAUGUUUGGAUGAUUUUAAAAAAGAUAUUGUACCACAUCUUAUUAGAUCACUUGUAUUGGGUCAACAUAUUCAUCAAACCAUUGCUGAAACAUUGGCAAGCUUUUUAAGAAGAUCUCCAAAAUACCUAAACGAAUAUAUAGACAAGAGUUUUGAUAAUGAUAAAUCACCAACCUCUUCAUUAUCAUUCCUCCGUGCAUUGGUUAUUUGUUUUACUGAUUAUUUCCUUAGUUGGGGUCAUAAUUGUAGACCUGAAAGAUUAUUAAUGAUGAAAACAAAUACAUCACAGGAAGUACCAACUAUUGUAACUGAUGAAGUUGGUGCUGCAUUGUCAAUCGAUGAUAAAGGUGCUGAUAUGGAGGAAUUGGAGAGAAAGGUGAUGGUUUUAUCAAGUCAUUUACAGAUUGUACCGACUGACAAUGUUUCCAAUUUCGUGUAUCAUCGUUCGUCACUCUUGUACUCUAAUUCAAUGGCGUCAAAGUAUCAAUGGAUGACACCUGGAUUGUUUGAAGAGGUCGAUGCCUGUUAUCACCAUCUCCCCAUGUCACAUCGAUUGUCCAUGUUGACACUAUUGGCUCCGUGGACACGCAACUUUUAUUGGAUGCUUUCCAACAGCGUUGGUGCAGGUGGUACGAUUACCGCAUCGAUUGCCAACAAUUUCCAUCAUUUGGAGACUGUUCUACCACCCAAAUCAACAGAGAAGGAUCUGGCAUUUGAGUUCCAACAUCAAGAUGUCAUACAGAUACCACGCUUUGUGCCAACUCUGUUGGUCAACGGGCUACUUGUGUCGGUCAGUCGUCGUCUAGUCGAUAAUGUGCUGUUGUCGUUAGUUGUUCAACAGCCAACGAUCGCAGACGCCAUCAAACGCGAAGCAAUGCAAUUGAUCCAGCAGGCACCCGCCAACUUGCACGACUGGACCGAACGCGAACGUCUUCAAUUGGUUCGUGUAAUGGUCGCGUCACUUGGCGAGACAAUCGUCGAGAUUUGGGAGCAGUUGAUGCUUCAAUUUGCAAUUAGAUCUAAUCAACAGUCAUCAGCUAUCCCCGCACUCGAUUGGUACCAGUCAGUACGCACUACACUGGCCACUAAAAAGGACGGUAUGGAUGGUCUACUCGGGUUGUGCUGCGGACUGUGGCGUGCAUGUGUCAUGGGCGACGUUGAAAAGAUGUACAAGGCUGUCGAGGUGCUCUCAGGCAUUGUCGCAGCUGCUGGCCAAAAGUGUAUCCAUUCAGAGACAUCCUACUCGAUUGUCGUGCGUCUUGGCUCUAUCUUGCUCCACACCUCUUACUUUUCACAGUUUAAUGCAUCGUUGGUGUUACUCAACCGUAUCGUCAACUCGCUCGACACCAAUUUACCCCUCCAGGCAAAGAUCACCGAGGAGAUGAUAGACAUUCUCGGCGCGGGUAUGCGUACAGAGACAGUUGUCAACCGCGGUAUUGCACACCCACACACUGCCCUCUUGACCCUGUGGUUUGCCAAGAGCUGUAUCGGAUUCUACGACAAGCACGGUCGUAACAGUCUGCUCGACCCGAUCGUGUGCUCGGUUGUCAUCACCACGGCGUGCAUGGUCACCAUGUCGCCCGAAGACCCGUUGACACUCGACUUUUUCGAGUAUCUCUCCGACUCUGAGGAAAAGUGUCGGUCGCUUGCAUCGCUCAUGUCGCUGCUGCACCCAUUCUACCCGUAUAUUACCCGUACAACCUCGGUCCCUCCGUGCUCGGCAGGCGAGCUGAUUCGCGCACUCGCCGCGCAGCUGUUUGCCACAUAUGGCAGCUCGCCUGAUUUAUUGUCCAACAUUAUCCGCUCGGUCACCGAGAUGGUGCGAUCGUCAAUGGACUCGAACAAAGAGAACGACGCGUCAUUCUAUCUGUUGUUGGUUGAGGAGAUGCUCAACAACCACGCCAACAACAACCAGUCGGCCAUCUACCCGCAAUAUCUCAUCGAAUUUGUCACGGUCAUCAUCGAGACAGAUGCCGACUCGCUCAACAACCUCUACUCGUCACUCUAUCUCAUCAACACGUACAUCUUUGCCGUGCCAGCCGACUCACCACUCAACAUUCAAAUGAGACGUGCACUUGAGAAUAGUUACAAGGAUCGUCUGCCAAGUUCACACCAUCUCCCAUCUGUUCUUAGUCAUCCCUACGUUUUACCAAAUCUUAAACGACACAAAUCGUCUUUGAAUUUGAUGCAUCGUAUGACUGUCGGCCCUGCUGCCACUCUAGGUAUAUCAUCAUCUUCUUCUACUUCCUCAUCAUCAUCAUCUCCAUCAUCUCCAUCAACAUCGUUUAUUAAUAUGAGUAAUAUGGUAUUACCAAAGAAACCAACACCAGCUCCACCAGCACCAUUAAAGAAAACGGGAGGGUUGAAUUCAAGUUCUGGAUCACUACCAACAACUCCACCACCACCCGUUCCUACUGCCAACCAUCCAACCCAUCAAAGAAUUCCAUCCAACUCAUCGUCCAACACUACAACAUCGGCUUCAUCACCCAUGAUGCCGACCACUCCACCUCCACCAGUCCCACUACAAUCACAACACAAGAGAACACCCUCUGCAUCACUUCCACCACCACCAGUCCUACAACACAAGAGAAUGCCAUCAAACAACUCUUCGUCGACACCCACCACACCAGUUACUCCAUCCUCUCCAUCUGUUGAAAGUGUCAAUGGUAACAAUAAUGGAACAACAACAAGUGGUAGCAAUUCACCAGCGAUAGGAGCUCCACCAAUAGUACCACCAAAGAGAAAACCAAAACCAUCAGCUGUUCCUCCAGGUCUUUUACCCACUCCACCUUCUUCACCUCCACCUCCUCCACCUUCAAUUUAG